GGCCGCCGUCAAGGCCAAUGUGAACAUCGUGUUACUCAUCAAGGACGGAGCCCGCUGGCCCGACCUAGACGGUAACCCCGUGUGCGACUUCCCGCCGCCACACCUGCUGCGCUCGCUGCCGGCCGAGGUGCAGCCCGUCUUCACGCGCAAGCCGGUGGUGCACAACGACGAGUACUACCGCGCGUUUGUGGAGGCGCUGUUUGACAAGCUCUACCGUCCGCCGCCCAUGACUCCCCCCCUGGAGCAGUCCACCUCCCUCAGCGGCCUGCCCUCCGCGCCCCUCGACCUCCUCGACCCCGCAGCCGCAGCAGCAGCCGCUGUAGCGGCCGCAGCAGGCUACGUCACCACCCCCGUCUCCGCGCACCACAUGCACCACCAACUGGGUCACCCUGGAUCCGCGCACUCCGCCCACAUGCACCCCCAUGGGCCCGGCUCCGCGCAUUCCGCACACCUACACACCUCCCACGGACCGCACUCCGCGCACCACCCGCUUCCCCACCCCUCGGCACAUGGCCACUCCUCCGCGCAUUCCCCGCACCAUUCCGCACACUACCUGCCCCACCCCCACCACCACCUGGCCUCCGCAACCCACCCCGUUCAUUCCGGGCAUGGAGCGGCGCACCAUCCCCCCCUGGGUCACAUCAUGUCCGGCCACCACCACCACCACCAGCUGCAACAGCAGCACCACCACCAGCAGCCCGGAUCCGCGCACUCCUUUGACGGCUCCGGGCACCUGUUGAUGUCGCAGCAUCUCAACCAGCAUCAUGACGCACAUCAGGCGGCGGCAGCGGCCGCAGCAGCCGCAAUGGCGGCAGCAGCCUUUGCUACAGCGGGUCACGGCGGGUUGAACAAUCCCGCUGCGUAUACCAUGAUUGGGAACCCUUGGCCCGCUGCUGCGACUGCGGCGGAGGCCGCGGCGUUGUUGAAUGCAACGUUGCAUGGGGGAGGAGGGAGUGCGGGGCCGGGCGGGAUGCACCCCAACAGCGCGAGUGCGGUUGAGAUGGCGGCGCACCACCCGCAUUUGCUGCUGCAGCAGGAGUGGAUGCAGCAGGCGCUGCAAGCGGCUCAGCUGGCGGCGCAAGCGCAUCAGCAGCAUCAGGGCUCGGAUGGUAACGGUACCGCAGCACAAACGACGGGGGAUGCUCAACAGCAGCAGCAGCCACAGCAAGACGCCAACCAGCACCAGGACUCCCAGCAGCAGCAAGAAGCAGCGCAUGGGCAGCUGGGGCACGGGCAGCCCCUGGUUUCCCCGCAUCGUCUGCCCCAGCUGCUGUUCCACAACGCCCUCAGCGACCCGGGGGCUUUCACGGGGGCUACAACGGCGGCUGGGGGGAGCGAUACCGCGGCGUCAGGAGGCAAAGCGCUCACGGAGCUGCAGGCCGAGCUCGGCGCCGCUCGUCGCGACUUGAUCAGCGAGGUCACGGGUCUGGGUCGCUCGCUGCUCAGCGGGCAACAGGAGCUGCGUCAGGCGCUUCAGGCGGAGGUAGCCGCCAGCGCGCGACUGGUUUCCGGCGAGGUUCGAACGCUGGUUCUGGAGGCGCAGUCUCAGGUGCAUGGGCUCAAAGUGGAGUUGGCGGAUGUACGGCAGGAGCUGCUGACGAGCCGUCAGCAGCAUGCGGAGAUGCGUGGCAUGGUGGCUCAGCUGCUGGACGGCAUGGGCUCGCUCAUGCAGCGGAAUGUACAGC